AAUCGCGAAUACCAAGAGGUUGGAGAUCUGGACGCUACUUGGAUCAAGCUUAACCAUAAUCAGUAAGCUUUGUACUUCAAUUUGUCGGAGUUCGGGAGAUGCACUGGUCUGCGUCAGUUGCACAGCUGCUGGCAACCGGAAUCAUGGUUAUCGUGAGACUUGCCAUCUAUCGAAAGAUUUCCAUGAUGCCGAGAACGAGUCAGCUGCCACGGGGAUAUGAGCUGGACGCCAUGGCCAAGAUCAUCAACGGAUGCCAGGACUGGAGGAUUCUCACCCCCCAUUCAACACAAGGUCUGAUACAAGCGCUGUCCCAGGAUACCUCACGUCUUGCCACUCGGGUCUUGCAGACGCGGAUCAGGUUAGGGCAACUCUCGGGGUGGUCAAGCGAAUGUGCCCAGGUGGUCGACCAGGUAUCCCAGGCUAUGGAAGCGGUGCUAAAUCACGUUUACAAUCCGAAUGGAGACGUUACCAUAAAACAGAGUUUCCAACAGAAGGCAGAAUUCGAGUGGAAUCUAGGAGUGGCGGUCGCAAAAGACGAGAAGGACUUUCGGGGCAAGCUGAAGAUCGUUCUGAGAAGAUCCAAAUCCGAAGACAAGUGGACGCGAUGGCGAGUGCAGAGUGAAGAAGUCGAGGCCGCACUCUCUCUGUGGAUGUCGCACUUCUCGCAAACGUCGACCCAGUCGCGAAACUUGUGGAUUAUCGGCCCUAAUACCCCCCUCAAUCAGAUUGUCUACGACUGGUGGAUACACCGUGGCACAGACGGGAUCCGAAUAGACGACGUAGAGUCAUACUGCGCCCUCCGCUUCGUUGACAAAAGCCGAGUGUUCGAUGUCGACGGGUCCCAGUGGAGGACCCGGGCCGCGGAUUUGAAAGAAGCGGGACUCCUCGCAGCCGUUACUAACGACAGUUUGCCGAGGAUGUGCGGCCAGUUUCUCUUAGGGUGCUUCAUCAAGAGUACGAUAGCAUGUGUCCAGGAGCUUGAUGGAGCAACGAGGGUCACUCCAGGGACGAGUCCUGGCCAGUUCCUCCUGGUAAAUAAUGCUGUACGGGGGCUUGCAGACGCACUGCAACAGAGCGGCCUCGUUUCCAUCGAAGAUUCAUAUAGGCUCGCCGUGCCUGCCCUGAAUGACGCCAGUAUACUGCCAGGCCCGUUCGACGUCCUCGAGGAUAUCGUUGCAAUAGCCAAAGCCAAAGGAGACACAGUCGAUACACUCGACAACACAUUUACGCGCCUCAUUUAUGUGUGCCGGGAUAGAGCGAAGACUCAGAGCUGCGAAGAGCAUUGGGCGAAAGCUGGCCGUACCUUUACACGUCUGAUCGAGAUCUUGUCAAAUGCUAUGGGGCCACAUGCCGCGUCUACAUUGAAGGCCAAAGAAGCCAUGGAUCAGUUCGCGAUUGACUUCAUGGAAUCGAGCAUUUCCACGUCUAUCGACGACAAAGAUCGACUCAGAGGGUUCGACGAGCCAUUCAGGCUGCAUGCCGCAUCAUCGAAGGGUCUCAUCGGUCAGGUGCUUCAAGCACUCCUAGACGGUGUCGGAGUGGACACCUGGGACGACGAACACGAGACUCCCAUCAGCUUGGCUAUAAAGCGGGGUUACUUGGACAUUGCCCGGUUGGUGAUAUUCUAUGGUGCCCCUGUCGAUCACGAUCUCCUCUCCAUCGCGAUUGACAAGAACGGCAACGGACUCUACCCUAAUUGCGACCAAAUGGUUCGCCUACUGCUAUUAAACCUCCAGAACCAGACAGAAGUGUUGUUGGAGGCGUGCGAAAAGGGAUAUAGCAUGAUCGAACUGCUUCUUGAGAUUGGUAUCGACGCAACUGUCAAGGACAGCAAAGGCUUCACGCCGCUACAUAUCGCCUCGAUGAACGGCUUCGUGAAGGUUGUUGAGAUCCUUCUUGCUAAAAAUGCAGACGUCGCCGCCAAAACGCCCAAUGGACAGACGGCGCUACAUCUCGCUGUAGAAAGAGGACAUAACGAGGUGGUCAUGCAGCUUCUCAACGCCAAAGCCAGCCUGGACUCUCGAAACGAGCUGGGACAGACCCCACUGCACAUAGCGGCAGAGAGGGAUAUUUUGGAUAUCAUCAAGAUCCUCGUGGAGAGGGGAGCAGACCCGAACGGACGGCAGGCCGAUGGAAAGACGGCUCUUCAUAUCGCUGCCUUCAACAACAACGCGGAGGUCGUCGGGUGGCUCAUGGACCACGGGGGCGUAGAUAUAGUGGCUAGAGACAAAGACCAGGCCACGGCGCUACACUUGGCGACCCGGAAUCGCCACGACAAGGUGAUCGAGAUCCUGACAGAGGCGAGGGAAGUGGUGCUACGAGCAAAGGACAAAUACGGGCAAACCCCUCUCAUCGUGGCCUCACGGGAGGAUGGGCGCGAGUCCAUGAUAAGGAUCAUGAUUGAGCGCGGAGCGGACAUGGCAGCACGCGAUGAGUCCGGCCGCGGCCCGCUCGAGUACGCCGCCAGCUCUGGCCACGCCGCGGCGGUGCGGCUGCUGGUCGAGAAGGGGGCGCCGCGGGACAACAGGGACGGCUUCGGCCGGACGGCCCUGCAUUACGCAUCCAUGAGCAAUCACACCGCCAUCGUCAGCCCGCUGGUCGACGGCGGCGCCCCCAUCGACGCCAUCGACAAGGACGGCUGGACUGCCCUCCACUAUGCAUACUGCACUGAGAGUUGGGCCGUGGUCGACCUGUUAACGGAGAAGGGCGCGGACCCCUCGCGCAAGGAUCGCCUCGGCCGCACGGCCGAGUCUUACAGGGACGAAAAGUUUGAGAUCAACUUCUGGACCAGAGCUCUCCCGCCUCCCUAUCCUAAAGUUGUGCUAGCUUAGAUGAGGAGGGCGACUCUGUUCCAAACAAUCAUUAUUUUCUCACUUAACAUCACCGACACUGCUUAUCCGGAUCGCUGAACAUUAAUUGAAGCUCACCAGCGUUAGGUUAUCCACCGGGUCUUCUAAACAUAGAUACUGCAGAAUGGAUUGAGAAAAAGAUGCGAAUCUCGAGGAGCCAAGAAGACAGGCUCAGAGACAAUUGCCAGCGGCCCGGCUCUCUACACUCACAAUCUAGGUCUGACUCUACCU